AUGAGUGGAGUCCUAGACCACUCAGAUAGUCUGUCCGACGCGGGCACUGCUGUCGACAACAACCAGCGACGAACAGUGGCCAUGGAAAAGGGCAACUAUGAGGACUCAAAAGUCCCUUUUCUUACCCUUCGCACUUUCUUCAUGACUAUGCUCGUCAGUAUGGGUGGUAUCUGCUUCGGCUACGACACUGGACAAAUAUCUGGUUUCCAGGAGAUGGACAACUUUCUGUAUCAAUUUGCAGAUCAACGAAAUGGACCUCCUGAUUCUCCGUACUCAUUCACCUGGCAGCGAUCAGGUCUUAUUGUAGGAAUGCUGUCUAUCGGUACACUUAUCGGUGCAUUAACGUCUGCAUCGAUCGCCAAUUCGAGAGUGGGCCGUAAGAUGAGUGUUCUUUUGUGGUGCGCAGUCUUCAUUAUCGGCAACAUUGUUCAAAUGGCUGCUGAGUAUCCGGAAUGGUAUACCAUGAUGGCUGGCCGCAUCGUAUCUGGACUGGGUAUUGGUGGGCUUUCCGUGCUAGUACCCAUGUAUCAAGGAGAAGCAGCUCCUACACAUAUUCGAGGUGCCAUUGUCUGCUGUUACCAGCUGUUCAUCACUAUUGGUAUCUUGCUUUCGAACAUUUUCAAUUAUGCAACCGAGGGCAUUGAGAACACUGGAUCCUGGAGAAUUCCAUUGGGUAUCGGAUUCUUGUGGCCACUUAUCCUCGGUGGCGGCAUGCUUCUUUUCCCUGAAAGUCCUCGCCAUGAUUACGCCAACGGCAAAGUAAACCGUGCACAACAUUCUAUCGCAAAGUUUUAUGGCGUUUCUGAGAAUCACCAAGUCAUCCACUCGCAAAUGCGCGAACUACAAGAAAAGCUCGAGUCAGAACGAGCUGCUGGAAAGGGACCUUGGUAUGAAGUGUUCACUGGACCUCGAAUGCUGUACAGAAUACUUCUCGGUAUGGCAAUUCAAAUGUUCCAGCAACUAACUGGAAUGAAUUAUUUCAUGUACUUCGGAACAACUCUGUUCGGCUCUGUCGGUAUCGGCAACUCCUUCAUCACUCAAAUCAUCCUGGGAGCUGUCAACGUUGUUUGUACAUUUCCUGGCUUGUACAUGGUCGAAAAGUUUGGUCGACGCAAGUGUCUUACCUAUGGAGCUCUCUGGCAGUUCGCUUGCUGGAUGGUAUUCGCCAGCUUGGGACAAUUCCGACUCUAUACUGGUGGAGUUGACGAGGCUGGUGAGAGAUUGACCGAUCAGACUAUUGGAUACGUAAUGAUCAUCUUUGCGUGCCUCUUUAUCGCGUCGUUCGCUUCUACCUGGGGUCCAAUGGCCUGGGCAGUUGUUGCGGAGAUGUAUCCUACGCGCUACAGAUCAACUGCGAUCUCUUUCUGCGCUUCAUCCAACUGGAUCUGGAACUUCUAUCUCGCCUUCACAACCCGUCUCAUCUCCGAGCAAAUUGACUUCGCUUAUGGCUACGUCUUUGCGGGCUGUAACCUCGCUGCAGCAGCGACAGUCUAUUUCUUCCUCCUCGAAUCAAACAACAAGUCUCUAGAGGAAAUCGAUACUAUGUACUUGCUACAUGUGCCACCCCUUCAGAGCAGCAAGUGGGAAGCUCCUGUGGGAGAAGAUCUGGUGACUGCCGAUCAGGUGAUGUUGCAUGGCAAGAAGGCUAAUGGAGUCGGUGGUACUGCCGCGCAUCGUGAGGAUACGGUUGCCAAUAAUGGUGUUGUGGGUGGUCGGCUGUAA